AUGAAAGUCAUUUUAUCAUUAGUUUUAAUUUUAUCAAUUAUAUUUGGUUUAUCCCAAUCACAACAAAUCUGGGACUAUUGUUCAGAUAAUAAUAACGCUCUCUUUGACAUCCAAACCCUCACUGCUACACCAAAUCCACCAAUCAUUGGUAAACCUGUUGUUGUUAAUUUAAAUGGAAAUUUAGAAUCUGAUGUUACUGCUGGUUCCUCAACUUUUUCUCUUCAAUACUAUAUUGCCGGCGCUUGGAGAAACUUACCAACCUUCACUAAUGAUGUUUGUUCAAUUGUUUCAUGUCCAGUUAAAGCAGGUCCAUUCCAAUUCAACACCACAAUUAAUGUUCCAAUUAUUACCCCACCAGGUCAAUACAGAGGUUCACUCCAAUUAGUCGAUCAAUCACAACAAAACAUUGCUUGUUUAGUCUUCAACACCACCAUGGGUUACAGUUUCGAUUAUUAA